AUGAACAACGGGUUCAGCACAGGAGAAGAAGAUUCUAGAGGUAAUUCUGACCAAAUAUGUUGCCUUGUGGAUGACGGCGAUCGCUGUAGGCGACCCGCUGGCAACGCCUCAUACAGCAAGCGCGUUCAAAAGACAGUUGCUCAAAGGAGGCUCAAACUAAACAUUGAUCAUCAAGCAAGGCAUACUUACAUCUGUGAUUAUCAUAAAAAUAUGAUACAAUGUGCAAGAACAAAACAAAGAAGGCCUAAAGAUUCUGAGGAUGACAGUAAUGAGGCAGAAAUGGAUUGUCCAGAGAUAGACUGGUACCAACUACAAGUAAAUACACUUAGGCGUUACAAAAGACAUUACAAGGUACCAACAAGGCCGGGAUUAAAUAAAGCUCAAUUAGCUGAUGCUAUCCAAAAACAUUUUAAGUCAUUGCCCGUAAAUGAGAAAGAGAUUAUGACUUAUUUCAUUUAUAUGGUGAAAACAAAUGGAAACAAAUUAGAUCAGAAAAAUGGAAUGAAUUCAGACUCAUUGUAG